UCAUGAAUGGGAAACAGUGGGCCGUGCUGGUGAGGCGAGGACCAAGAGUUUAUAGCUACGCGGGAUGGUCUCCUUCACCCCUCAUCCCCAGGGCCCUCCUGGAGAGGGGGCCCACGAACAGCCCUCUCCGGCAGCUCAGGAUGCAGUCCCAGGGCAGGUCCCGUCCCUUUGACAGGAGACUAGGGCCCCCAGCACCCUGGGCUCGUGUUCAGCCUUGGGCAGGGUCCUCACCCAGCAAGGGCCUCAGUGUCCUCGCUCACCAAAGGCCCAGGUCGCCAUCACUUGUCCCCCCAGCCUCUCUCCCAGAGACCUGUGGAGGGUGAGUCCAGGUCUGCUGGGGCCCUCUCUCCCCCAGCCCCAAACUCCACCCCCACCCCCUCCAGGGAGGCAGCCUCUCCCCCCAGGAGCACCUUGACCUUCCAGGAGCGGGAGUGAGGAGACAGGCUCAGGGCUGGCCCACCUUGCCUCUUUCUGGGGCCCCUAGCAAGUCUGUCCCAGCUCUGGGCUUCCUCGGCCUCAGGCAUAAAAUGAGGGUCUUAAAAUCAGUGGUCUUCCAUUCCUUCAGGCUCUGGUUCCUUCUUCGGUGCUAAUGCAGGCACUCAGGACAGUGGGACAGAGCGGAGCGGGAGGCAUUUAGCGAAGGAAGACCUCCCUGAGAGCUAUUUACAGCCUAGAAUGUGCCCCUGGCCCCCAGUGCCCUCAGGGCUGCCACCUGGAGCCCUGGCUUUGGGACUCUAGGGGAGGUGGCAGAGAGGGUCUGGCACUCCUAGCUAAAGCUAUGACCUCUUGAGGGCCAGCAUUGCACACCCAUGUUACCCGUUCAGACUGAUGGGCUCGCUAGUCCCAUUUUCCAGAUGAGGAAACUGAGGUUCAGAGCAGCCGAGUAACUUGCCCCAGCUACAUGGUGGAUCUGGGACUUCAGUUCCGGACUGUAGGAUGCAGGGAGCUCCUUUUAAGGGAGGAAGGGAGAAGAACCCAGAGUCGGGGUGGGGUGACGGUGGGAGGGGGCGCAGGGCUCACUCUCCCUGGCUGAGAGAGGGAGUGUCUCCGGGAAGAGGCUGGCUCUGAAGCUGUUGAUCUCUAAAUUACAGCGUUGGCGCGCACCGGUUGCUGCGGCAACCGAGUUGUCCUGAACUGGGGGAAGUGUAUAAACAUUGCCACAGAUGCACAAUUAGAUCAGGAAGAAGAAUAGGACAGAAAAUAGAACUUCCAGCCUUACAUAAUUCUGGGCCAAAACGUUACCGGGAACCCAGACCCGGGCCCAGCCCUGCCAGCCGCCAGGGCGCUGGGCAGCACCAUCUCCCUCCUGGGGCCCCCGCGGAAAGGAGGGGUGGAGGGAGGCUCCGCCCGCCACGGGCCCAGCUGGUGUGCCCGCCACCCGCCACCCGGUGGGGUGCGGGGCCGCCUCCACGGGCACAGCUGGGGAUGCUGACAGGCGACAACUGCCUCUCACCAGCUUCUCCCGCUCCCGGGAAGCGGGAAGGAAGGCAGGAGGGCGACUGGUUUCAAACAAGUACUUACUAUCUCCUCGGGUCCUGUGAGGUGGAGUUUUGAUCCUAAUUUUACAGAUGAGGAAACUGAGGCUCAGAGAGGUGAAGUGAGUUGUCCAAGGGGACAGAGCUCGACAGUGGAUGUGUCUGCCUCCCCGACUCGGGGUCCCCACACCAUGAACUCAUCAAUGUUGACAGCACCUGGGAGCUGAAGAGUUAGACACACCUGGGUUUGGACCCACUUACAAGCUGUGUGGCCUUGGGCCCUGCGUCUUCCCAGGUGACCACGCCGGCUUCAGGACAUGCACGGGCACAGCCGCAACGGGCAGGCCCACGUGCCCCGGCGGAAACGCCGCAACCGCUUUGUUAAGAAGAACGGCCAAUGCAACGUCUACUUCGCCAACCUGAGCAACAAGUCGCAGCGCUACAUGGCGGACAUCUUCACCACCUGCGUGGACACGCGCUGGCGCUACAUGCUCAUGAUCUUUUCCGCGGCCUUCCUCGUCUCCUGGCUCUUUUUUGGCCUCCUCUUCUGGUGCAUCGCCUUCUUCCAUGGUGACCUGGAGGCCAGCCCAGCGGUGGCUGCUGCCGGGGCCCCGGUGGGCAGCGGUGGGGCUGCCCCGGUGGCCCCCAAACCCUGCAUCAUGCACGUGAAUGGCUUCCUGGGUGCUUUCCUAUUCUCAGUGGAGACGCAGACAACCAUCGGUUAUGGGUUCCGGUGCGUGACGGAGGAGUGCCCGCUGGCGGUCAUCGCCGUGGUGGUCCAGUCCAUCGUGGGCUGCGUCAUUGACUCCUUCAUGAUCGGCACCAUCAUGGCCAAGAUGGCUCGGCCCAAGAAGCGGGCGCAGACGCUGCUGUUCAGCCACCAUGCGGUCAUCUCGGUGCGCGACGGCAAGCUCUGCCUGAUGUGGCGCGUGGGCAACCUGCGCAAGAGCCACAUCGUGGAGGCCCACGUGCGGGCCCAGCUCAUCAAGCCCUAUAUGACCCAGGAGGGCGAGUAUCUGCCGCUGGAUCAGCGGGACCUCAACGUGGGCUAUGACAUCGGCCUGGACCGCAUCUUCCUGGUGUCACCCAUCAUCAUCGUCCACGAGAUUGAUGAGGACAGCCCGCUCUACGGCAUGGGCAAAGAGGAGCUGGAGUCGGAGGACUUUGAGAUCGUGGUGAUUCUCGAAGGCAUGGUGGAGGCCACCGCCAUGACCACCCAGGCCCGCAGCUCCUACCUGGCCAGUGAGAUCCUGUGGGGCCACCGCUUUGAGCCCGUGGUCUUUGAGGAGAAGAGUCACUACAAGGUGGACUACUCGCGCUUCCACAAGACCUACGAGGUGGCCGGCACGCCCUGCUGUUCCGCCCGGGAGCUGCAGGAGAGCAAGAUCACCGUGCUGCCCGCCCCGCCGCCCCCGCCCAGUGCCUUCUGCUACGAGAACGAGCUGGCUCUCAUGAGCCAGGAGGAAGAGGAGAUGGAGGAGGAGGCAGCGGCCGCUGCCGCGGUGGCCGCGGGCCUGGGUCUGGAGGCGGGCUCCAAGGAGGAGGCGGGCAUCAUCCGAAUGCUGGAGUUUGGCAGCCACCUGGAUCUGGAGCGCAUGCAAGCCACCCUUCCGCUGGACAACAUCUCCUACCGCAGGGAGUCUGCCAUCUGACCUCCGGGCCCUGUGCUGACUGCUUCCCACAAGAGCCUCUGCUGGGGGUGGGACGCCAGGACACCCCUCCACACUCAGGACAGAGCUGACCCUGGUUCCCUGGACCUUCUGGAGGGAAGUGGGGGCUUCAAAGACUGGGACUUCAAAGUCCCUUCCUACUGACUCCAGAGUCCAGGCCUGGGAAGGGCCAGGAUACCCUCCACCCUGUCAGCCCGGGUCCCCAGCACCUACCCACUGGUGGCUUGGGGACCCCAGACCCACCACCCUUUCCCCACUGACCCUUCAAGGACAUGCCCCCUUUGCUCUCAGAACCUUGGGGAAGGCGGCUGGACUGCUGGGGGGUGGGCAUCAUGG